UCUUUAAAAUGAAUGGACGUCAGGGGACGGUACAAAAGGGAACACAGGUACUUCCGCUUACUCGGAAGUGCAGGCUUCCCAUGCUCCUAAGCCCCUCCCUCGGUGGCCAGCCGGAGUGAUAGGAUGGCUGGACGGGCAGCACGGCUGAUACUGCUAGCCGGGGCAGCCGCGCUCGUGAGCGGCUCCCAAGGCGACCGCGAACCGGUGUACCGCGACUGCGUGCUCCGAUGCGAGGAGCGGAACUGCUCAGGGGUCGCACUGAGCCACUUCCGUUCCCGACAGCCAAUCUACAUGAGCCUAGCAGGCUGGACUUGUCGGGACGACUGUAAGUAUGAGUGUAUGUGGCUCACCGUUGGCCUUUACCUCCAGGAAGGCUACAGAGUGCCUCAGUUCCAUGGCAAGUGGCCCUUCUCUCGGUUCCUGUUCAUCCAAGAGCCAGCAUCUGCCGUGGCCUCUCUCCUCAAUGGCCUGGCCAACCUGGUGAUGCUCUGCCGCUACCGCACAUUGGUGCCCGCCUCCUCCCCCAUGUACCACACCUGUGUGGCCUUCGCCUGGGUGUCCCUCAAUGCCUGGUUCUGGUCCACAGUCUUCCACACCAGGGACACUGAUCUCACAGAGAAGAUGGACUACUUCUGUGCCUCCGCUGUCAUCCUGCACUCUAUCUACCUGUGCUGCGUCAGGAUCGUGGGGCUUCAGCAUCCGGCUGUGGCCAGUGCCUUCCGCGCCUUCCUGCUGCUGCUGCUGACCGCACACGUCUCCUACUUGAGCCUCAUCCACUUUGACUACGGCUACAACCUGGUGGUCAACGUGGCAAUGGGUGUGGUGAACAUGGUGUGGUGGCUGGCCUGGUGCCUGUGGAACCGCCGGCGGCUGCCUCACGUGCACAAGUGCAUGGCAGUGGUCUUGCUGCUGCAGGGGCUGUCCCUGCUCGAGCUGCUCGACUUCCCUCCCUUCUUCUGGGUCCUGGAUGCCCACGCCAUCUGGCACAUCAGCACCAUUCCUGUCUACAUCCUCUUUUUCAGCUUUCUGGAAGAUGACAGCCUAUACUUGCUAAAGGAAUCAGAAGCCAAGUUCAAGCUGGACUGAAGACCCUGGGAGCCUCUCUUCCCUUCCUACUGGCUCCUCCUUCUCCUCCCCUUGUGAAAUGACUUGUUUUCCCCUCUUAGCUUUUUGAACACAGACAUGACAGGUGUGGGCCAAGAAUCAUGGAGCUGCCCACCCCCUUGUUGGCCCUAGGGGACCUCCAAGUGAACAGGGCCUGGAUCAAGUUCCACUCCAGAAGCACACUGCUCUGUCUCCCCCUACCAGUCCUCCCCGCACCCCACCCUUCAUCUGUGGGAUACCAGGUCCACGGGUCUUUGGGAGACAGUGGGGUCUCUGUUACCUCUGCCCUCCUCCAGAGUGCCACUAGGUGGCACUGGAUACCUGUUCUUCUGCCCAGCUCCAUCCCUAUGGGUUCCAAGAGACCAAACUGUUGGGAUUGGUUGGGAUUGAUGUUUCAUCUGGCCUGCUCCAUGCAGACUUCCAGAACCUCACCACACUCCCUUUAGGGCCAGGACCCCAGAUGCUCCAGGAUAAGAAUCCUGCGCUGCUAUUCUGGUUGGGAGCCCACAGCAGCAGUGUGUAGGACAGAGGUAACCAGGCCUGGGCGUGGAGAGCUCAGACCUGGGCGUGCAGUGUGUGUGCAUGUGUGUUCAGAUACAGAUGAGUGAGCAUAGGUUUGGGAAAGGUGUGAUUUAGUGUGAGCAUGCCAUGGAUUUGUGCCUGAGAUGAGAGUGAAUGCAGGUGCGUGUGCCACACGCAGUGUGAGGAGGUUGGAACAGAGUGAGAAUCAGCACCAUCAGCAGUUGCCUGAACACUAAGAAUGCACCAGGGUGGCCAGGAUAUGCAUGUGAUCUGACUGGGGUCUGGGGUCCAGGCCGUGUGUGUGCAUGUGCAUAUGUGUGUGUGUGUGUGUGCAUUUCUUUGACAUCUUCCAAACUUCAUAGGACCUCACAUAACUUAAGAGCUCCCUCUAGAAGCAGCCCCUUGUGGGGUAGAGGGAAGGAAAAUGGGGAUUCUGAGGUUUUCCGGCCUCCCUGUCUCCUCGCCUUCCCUGGCUGGCCUCCUUUCUCAGUCCCUGACUCUAGGCCCUCAGCACAGCCCGGACUCUGGGAUGUGUCAGGUGACCUGGAGAACCAGGGGGAAGAGCUGUGGUGGAGUCUGGUCUCAGGUGGGACAGGCGGCACAGGCAGAAGCCAUGUCGCUGGCAUCCCAGCGAAGGUGACUCCUGGCAGCAGUGUGCCGCCGGGACACAGUCUUCUGCGGAACUCUUCCAUCCUGAAGCCAGUGUGUUCCAGCCGGGGAGCCUGGACUUGGGCUCCGUCCCUGCCCUGUCCCUCCCUGCAGCGAGGGGCGCAGUGCUAGGGCUCCAGCCUCGGAUUCUUUUGAUACUAUUUUCAAAGUGGGAGAUAGCAUAAUAAACCCAUUUCCUGC